CACUGGCUUCGUUUGUUGGACCCUAGAGGCCUCCAAACAAUGCUCAUGGAUGUAAUGAACAUCCCUUACGCUCUUACUGUGCUCCACGCAGGCUACCUGAUCCAACUGUCCUUCCGCCAACCUAGUAGCAAAGUCAUCUCAACGAAAACCGAAUCAUGGCUGAUGUGGAUCGCUGCAUCACCCAUCGGCAUGGUGUUUGCGCGAACAGUGACACUUGCCAUUGCCCUUCACCAGGCCGUUGUCGCAUUAUCGCUUUCGCACACAUUACCGAAUAGGAACAAGGUCCUGCAAACCAUCUGUCCGACACCUCAGUAUCUCGACCCAAGGCUCUUCACAUGGUCAAGAGCCACAAUCGCUUCAUUAGCAUUGCUGUAUUUCGGAAGCUACAUCCGUUUCCAAGCCUACGCCCAACUCGGCACAAACUUCACCUACCGCAUCGCCAAACCAGACCAGCUCGUCACUUCAGGACUCUACGCAUACGUGCGCCAUCCAUCAUACACAGGCCUCCUCAUGGUGCUGUUGGCGAUGUACUCGCUCCUCCUCCGCCAGCGAGGACUAGUGAGCUGUUGGGCGCCUCUGGUAGAUGAGAAGAUAGUUACGGAUGAGAAGCAUGCGUACUUGAUGCCGAUCGUUGCGUUCAGUUGCGCGAUCUUUUUGUUCAUGGUCAGGAGAGUGAGGGAUGAGGAAGAAAUGAUGGAAAAGGAAUUUGGGGAGAAGUGGAGAGACCAUAAGGCGCGGACUAAGAAAUUUGUCCCGUAUGUCUAUUGAUACCAGACUGCACCCUGACCCCCACAUCAGGACAAGUCUCUUGAGAAUAUACGCACGCCACUAUCGAAUGGACACAUCAAAUCAACAUGGUUUGCGCAUCAAUUCAGUCGUCUCGUGGUGGACCGAGGUCGUGCCAGUCGUAGCG